UGCUGGAGCCGCGGCGCCGGAGCCACCGGAGCCACUUUCUCCCCUUCCCCCGAGCUAACGUGCUAACAGCGGCGCGGCUAAGUCUGCUGUAGCCGCCGCAGGUUCUCCUCCUGUGGAGCCUCUGUCCCGGUGUUGUGGCGGAACCGCCUCACCUCGCCCGCCCCCGCCCCCCAUGGACCCCGGACCCUGCGGAGUCCCCGGAUCAGGACCCGGAUCAGGACCAGGUCUGAGCGGUCUCGAGUCCAGCCUGCCUCAGUCGGACCCGCCCUGCCUGAUCGUGGAGGACUCCCAGCCCGACGGCACUGGGAUCGACGACGACCCAGACACCAGCUACAGAAAUCUGCUCAACAAGAGACUGAGCGGCCUGCAGCCCCGAGCCCCGAGCCCCGAGCUGGAGUUGAUUUCGUCUCGCGGCGGCGGUGGAGGUGGUGGAGGUGGUGGAGGCGGUGGAGGCAGGAGCCAAUCACAGCCUCUGAUCCACGAAAUGAACCCGAGUUUUGAGGAGAGUGAGAUUCUGGACGUUUCUGACAGGAAGCGUCGCUCUGAGGAGAUUGACUCUCGAGGAGAAUCUCAGUGUUUGACUCAUGAAGAAGGAGCCUCUCAGUUUGGUUUCUUGGAGCUGAGCCAGAGCCAGGACUUUGGAUCAGAACCCAUCCAGAACCAGACCAGGACUAAAGCAGAUGAGUCCAGCGGGUCUGCGGGCUCCAGGACUUCUCCUAAAUCCCAGUCCAGGUCCGGUCCUCAGGUCUCUGUGGAGGUCCUGCUCCACUCCCAGGUCCAGGAUUCAGACCAGGACCAGGAGGAGGAGGUGAUGUCGUCUCAGGAGGACCUCUUUGAUAAAACGGAGCCGACUCGUCACAGCUCCACCCCGUCUCGCUCUCUGGCCCUGCUGCACCUGUCGGGGGGGGUUCAAGGGACGCUCGUGCACAACAGCCUCUCACAAGGUUCCGUGGACUUUGUGGCUCCGACUCCAGAAAACUUGACUCCAAUGAUCGUCCCGAGCUCCCCCACCGACCUGCCCCCGCAGGGUGCUGAACCCGUGGACUCCUCCCUCCGUCAGACCGGCCAAUCACAGCGCAGAGACACUGGCCCCGCCUCCUCCACACCUGUGUCCCACAACACACCUGGGUUUGAGCCGGAGUGCCCCCUGUCUGUGCCGUCGCAACCGGACUUCUCACACGACGCGUUUGUACCGACUCAAAGCCAGGAGGACGUGUCUCAAUCCUCUGCACCUGCCAAACCGUCUGCACCUGCCAAACCGUCUGCACCUGCCGCCUCCUCUGCACCUGUCGCCUCCUCUCAGUCCUCGUUAAACUUGUGCAUAAACACAGAGGUUCAGGAGGAAGACGAGGAGGCCACACAGAUCGAGCCCAUGGAAGAAGAAGAAACAACUCCCCAGAAACCUGCUUCAAACUCCCAAAACUCCCAGAAUCCCUCGGCUCGCAGCCAGGGGAGCGCUCAAAAACCCAGCGACGCAAAUCAGGCAGCGGCGAGCCAAAGCAGCAUCAGCGGGUCAGGCCAAGAAACGAAAAACCAACGAGAAACACCAGAACAAGGACCAAACCCAAACUCUGACAGCCUGGAACGUGACACGCUGAACGUCAAAAACACAAAGAGUGUGACCGGUUUGAGCCAGGGCAGCGCUAAAGCUAACAGCCAACCUACCCAAUCCAUACCAGAGUCUGCGGCGGCGUCCCAGACCAAACUUUUGAAUGUCGAUCAUGAGAAAACUAAAAGAAAUGUAAAUCAAGCGAGUGCUAGAGCGAACAGCCAGCCCACUGUGUCUGUAGCCAAAGAAUUUAACGUAGAUCAUGAAAAAAUCACAAGAAGUUUGAGUCAAGGCAGCGCUAAAGCUAACGGGCAGCCUGCCAGAUCCGUCACAGAGCUGAAGGGGAGUAAAGCCGGUCUGGGCGCGUCUCAGGCUGAACUGAAGGAUGCAGAUCGUGAUAAAACGAACCAAGGCGGCGCCAAAGCGAACAGCCGACCCGCCGCGUCCGUGGAGGAGGUCGUCAUGGCGAUGCAGAGCCAGAAAUCAAACGGAAAUGACGAAGUUUCGCCUCAGAAGACGAGUGGAAGCCAGAGUCAAAGUCAGAUCACUGGAGGAGCGGGAGAAACAGAGAGAGAGCAGAGUUUGGGUCUGGUGCUGUCCCAGAGUGAGAUGUUAACGUCCGGAGGAGGAACAGGAGGAGGAACAGGAGGAGGAGCAGGAGGAGGAGCAGGAGGAGGAACAGGAGGAGGAGCAGGAGGAGGAACAGGAGGAGGAGCAGGAGGAGGAACAGGAGGAGGAGCAGGAGGAGGAACAGGAGGAGGAGCAGGAGGAGGAGCAGGAGGAGGAACAGGAGGAGGAGCAGGAGGAGGAGCAGGAGGAGACAAAAUGGCCGCUGAUGGAAAAGACAAGCGAGAAACAUCUGGAGGGAAGAGUCUGGACAGCUCUGGAGAUUUUUCGUUCCACUUCACGCUGCCGAAGGAGGGCGAGCUGAUUGGUCCGUGUGUGAGUGCCACGCCCCCUCAGAUCAGCGAGCUGAAGCAGUCGCACAGACACAGCACCCCCAUCGAGACCAACGCCCCCUCCCAGAACUCUGACGUCUCCGCAGGAAGUGACAUCGUGGCCGAGGGAAGUGACGUCACGGCUGACGAGGCUGAUGGGAAACUGAGUCUGAGGAUGAAGCUGGUGACUCCGGUGGAAGAAGGAAACAGCGAACGCUUCAGUCUGCAGAGACCGUCCCUCGGUGAGGACGUCCCCGCUGGUGUCACAUCCAAGAGCGAACACAGUCCGUCUGUGUUCAGUCGAGUCCGACAGGUGCACCGAGCGCCUGCCGAGGACACCUGCCCGCUCAGGAGUCCUCUGUUCAUGUCGCCUCAGAGGAACAGCCAAUCAGACGCCUCCGUGCAGGAAGUGACAUCACACUCCGCCACGGCCAAUGAAAACGGAGCAAAGAAUCUGUCCCAGAAUCCACCUGGAGCAGCCAACAGCCUCGACAAGACAGACCCCGAGACUCCGCCCCCUCGCAGAGGAGGGCCCGCCCACCGCCGACACGUGCGCACCAUCCAGGAAGUGCGCACGACGGUCACGCGCAUCAUCACCGACGUUUACUACGAGGACGGCAAAGAGGUGGACCGCACCGUCACCCAGGAGUCGGACGAGCCCGUGGUCCAGUUCCAGGUGAUGGACGUGUCUCCGAGUCGGACGGGCAGCAGCUCCGUGACGUCUGGAGACCUCGCUGACAUCAGCUCCUCCACCUGCACCACCGGGACCACGUCCAGCUCCAACCCCGACAGGACCGACAGGACCGACAGGACCGCCGACAGGCCCACCUUCCUCCCUCCGCCCAGCAGAGGGGCCAAAGCCAACAGAGCGCCCCCCGCAGGUCCAGACCCGCUGGCUCAGGUCUCGGUCUCAGACUCUCAGAGCUCGUCGGGCUCCAGCUUCGUGGGUCUUCGCGUCGUGGCGAAGUGGUCUUCAAACGGGUACUUCUACUCCGGGAGGAUCAUCCAGGACUUCGGGGUCCAGCCGGGCCCGGGCCCCGGGUCCGGACCGGGGGAAAACCGGUUCAGGCUCCGGUUCGACGACGGAUACGAGUGCGAACUGUGGGCCAGAGACAUCCUCCUGUGUGACCCCAUCCCCCUGGACACAGAAGUGACGGCCCUGAACCAGGACCAGACCUACUGCACAGGUGUGGUCCGGGCCCAUAAGUUGGACGGUUCGGAGCUUCAGUACUGUGUGGAGCGAGGAGACCAGAGGUUCUGGUUCUGUCGGAGUUCUGUGAUCCUGAGUCUGGACCAGGGGAACCGUCUGAGGGACAAACACAGUCUGGGCCCGUACACGCCGCCGCCCGCCCUCGGGACCGCCGCCGACAUCAGCCUGGAUAAUCUGGUUGAGGGGAAGAGGAAACGUCGCGGGGCUCAGUCGGCUCUGGCCACGCCCACUCGCUCCCCCCGAGCCCCCCGCCCCAAACCCGGCCCCUCUCCUGAUCCCGGUACUGAUCCCGGUCCAAGUCCUGGUCCUGGUCCGAGCUCCGGGUCCAAGAGGAAGCUGGUCUGUGAGCGGACGCCUGCGGCCAAGAGGGGGCGCCGAGGAGCCGCGGCGCAGGCGUCGGCGUUGAACACGUCGGACAGUGACGCGGCGGCGCUGGGGUCAUGUGACCACGCCCCCGGAGCGUGUGACUCGUCCUGUGACGUCAUCGCCACCCACGGGCCACGCCCCCAAAACCCCGCCCUCUUCGAGAACUUCGUCUUCCUCCUGACGUCGUCUUCAGAGAGAGACCGACUGAGCAACAGGCGAGACGACGAAGAGUUGGUCCAGACUGGUCCUUAUAACAAACGUUACACAGAGUCUCAGCUGCAGAGCGGAGGAGGAACUGUCCUCACACACUUCAACAAACAACAGUGCGAGGCGGCGUUCCAGUCCCUCCUUGUGGCGGACCAACACUGUUGUAAUCGUGUGUACCUGUUGUGUGUGGCGAGCGGUGUCCCGUGUGUGUCUCACCUGUGGGUGCGCGACUGCUGCCGAGAAAACUCCCUCCUCAACUACAGGAACUACCUCCUGCCCACGGGGGCGGGGCCAGGGGGCGGAGUCAGAGAGUGGCGUCCUCAUCGAAGUCCGUUUAAGUCGCUCCGAGUUUUGCUGCUGCUCAAAAACCAGGUUGAGUUCUGGUCUGAACUGGUCCGACUGGGAGGAGGCACCGCCCUGGUCCGGUCCCCUGAAGACCGCACAGAGUUCCUGGUGGGUUCUGCUGAUGUUCUGGUGCUGGAGCCCGGUCUAGACCCUGGUCCGGUCUCUGGUCCGGUCUCUGGUCCGGUCUCUGGUCCGGUCUCUGGUCCGGUCUCUGGUCCGGUCUCUGGUCCGGACUUGCCGCGGGUCUCGGUGGACUGGCUCAUUGACUGUGUGGUUUGUGGAGAGACUCUGGACUUCUCCAGCUUCUCGUCGGCUCUGGACUCGUCCUCGUCUUCAUCAUCUUAAAGCCUGAAGUGAAGCUGAAGCUGCUGUAAAUAUUUGAAUAAACUGUUUUAAAGUGA